AUGCUCUCGUGCUGCAAACCCCGUAAGCCGUCCAAUGGCGAGACGCAGCCUCUCCUCCCACAGCAUGACGCCAACACCCAAAUGCAGCGGGAGCUGCAGGACAAACUUCAUGGUUAUGAGAUGGUGCGAGCUGUAUAUUCAGGCUUUAUGCCAUCCACUGCUCAGACUGUGUCGCAUCUUCGAGCUUUCCUCGUCUCAGAUCUACUAAAUCCAGACAACCAAACUUUGAGCAAGGCAGGCAGGAAGCUGUCCCAAGAUUGCAGAGCGUGGAUACGCGUCUUCAUUGAGGCUUUAGAGGAUAAAAAUGGAGGGGAUCAGGUACAGGAAAUAAUUUGGAAUUUCUCAAAAUCCAGGGUGUCUGUUGACACCGCGGAUCUUGCUGGAAAGGCGUCGUUGUCCAAGGCGCAGGCAGAUACUGCAGCCGCAUAUGAAAGUAUACGCACGAUCGCGAGCCUUUUGAUGACCAAUGCUGACUUUCGGCUAUUGGUCGGUGACCUGUCAACUGUCUCGCGUCAGAUAUUUGCAGACACAGCUUCGUCCGUGUCAGCUACCGCAGCUGAGAUAUCUGAGCAGGUGGAACCCUCAGAGCCACAAAAGGACGCUAUCGGAGGAGAUGGCUCUGAAGAGGAACAACCGCCCUCCAACGAGGACGUUGCUCAAGAGGCGGGCCGAGUCGUUGAUAUUACUAAAGCGGGCCUUAAAAAGGCCGGCAAAGAUGCGAUGAGCAGCACGGAGAGAAACCUGACUGGAGAACAAAGAGACUCUUUGGUGCGUCGUAUCAAACAAACAGUAAUUGGUCUGCGCAAGAGGGAAGAUUAUUCCAAUUCUGCGGGUACAAUAUCACACAUUGUUCAGCGUUACGCAAUGAUAUACUAUCGUGCGAUAGGUUCAACUGCCAGCGAGGUUGAAGAGGAUUUUGAGACUAACCAGGAGCUCAACGAAGCGAUAAGAAACCUUUGGACGUUUCUAUCUUCGUUUGGGUCUCGAGAUGAUUGGGAUCGUUUGAAAGCUAAAUUUCAAUCACUAACAAAGAAAUAUCAAGAUGACGACAAGUUCAAAGAGUCUUUCCAACACGUUGGGUCGACGCUCUUUAAUUUACUAACCAACCCGGAUUUCUAUGACUCCGCUGAUGCAUCUUUUGAUACCCUGAGGACAAAACUAAAGGAAGCGAGCGCUGACUCUGAUCAAGAUUUAGUCGAAUUUUAUGAUCAAUUAAAACGAACCUUUUGUUCCGUUUCUGAAGAUCAAAGUAUAGCCAAACUCAUCGCCGCCACUAAAAAGAUAUACGGCCACUUGUGCGAAGCAUUUCGCGAUGAACAAUCCCGUUUACCGGCUGAUGCCUUACAUAUUUUCCUACCGAUCUUCGUACGAGCGAUUCAGCACAUACCGAUUCCAAGGCUGGAGAUGUCGGUACCGGAAAUGGACCUUCUCCUCGAAAACGUGAUACUUGAACCUGGGCAUACAGUUAAUUGUUCGUCAUUUUUCCCAUAUCGCGUCCUUCUCACAACUACCAACAGCUUGGAGGUGCGCAAAACUCACUCUAAGGAAACGACUACGGGAAUGACUAAUAUCAUAAACUUUACAAUGAAUGGGCUGAAUAUCAGCGCGCAGGAGUUUGGAUACUGGGUUCGCGUUCACUCCCCUCCAUACCUUCCAUACUUCGGCGACGAAGGCAUUGCUAGCUUUGCGCUUGACAAGCGUGGCAUAGAUAUCUCUCUAGAAAUUGAAAUUGGCAGACAACGGCUGGAACAGGUGUUUACCCUCCGGUCCGUUCGCGUCCAUAUCCAUAAACUUGACUAUACCAUUACGAAAAGCAGCUGGGCUUUUCUAUUCUGGAUGGUCAAACCUUUUGUCAAGCACAUGGUCCGCCGUACGCUAGAAAAGAAGAUUGCAGAGCAGAUCGUAACGGCCGCACAAGCUUUGAACCGCGAGCUUGUUUUUAUGCGGGAACGCCUACGGGCGACAAGGAUCGCCGACCCGGACAGCUUCGUGACAUUCGUCAGAGCGGUUAUGGCGAGGAUGACGUGCCGGCCAGACCCGGAUGUGUACACCAGGAUGGGAGUCGAUGCACCUCGCGAAGGGAUCUUCGAGAAUGUGUACACGCCUGCUAGCUUGACGAAGAUCUGGCACGAAGAAGGAGAGAGGGCGGACGAGCUUGUUGAUGGUGGAGAUGAGAGUGGUGGCAUCGGGAUGACUUGGAGGAAUCGGAUUUUCGACUAUUUGCCCUCCAGGCGUGCAUCUCGCCAGCCCACUCGAACAGUUUGA